AUGGCCACAGUGCUGCUCCUCCACUGUUCUUUGUCUUUGCCCUGCUGCGAGGCAUUUGUUCCAUCUCCAAUCAUUCGGCAGCACUCUACUAGUACUACUAGCAGCACUGCCUUGUCAGCACUCCAAGUUGAUGUUGGUGAACAGGAUGACAAGAACAACAAACUUAAGUUUACUUCAGCUGACAAUGUUAACAUCAAACUUGUUCCUGUUGCUGCUGCAAGUGCUGCAAGUGCUGCUGCCAUGACAAUCAUAGUACAACAAGUACCCUCUCUCGAUCUCUCGCUCCAUGACAACCCCAUUGUCUUGUCUCUUGUGGCCGCCGUGGUUGGUGUGUUGACCGUGUCUUCUGCCACGGCACUGCUGGAUCACUGCAUGUCUACAUCUACAGUCUAUGACUCGCAAUCAGAGCAAUUCGAUCAAGGCACCUUCCUGGGACGCUACUGCAAAAUGCUUUUCCUGUGUGAUCCAAGACUCUUGCUCUAUUCACAAGAACAGGUCAGACACUACCAAGACAUGGCUUAUGGUAAUUGUGGCAGUGACACUAGUACUAGAAGUGAUACCAGUAGUGAACACACAGAUUGUGAAUUGUGGCACGCCAAACGGAUUGCGGAUUCCGCACUCAACAGCAAUGGAGACUGGAUUCCACGGCCCUUUCGCAUGUCCGGUUACUUGCCCUAUAAUGGACCCAUUUGCAUUGCCAUGCUGGCAACAGCAGCAAGUAGCAGCCCUUCUACUGGUACUCUGCUCUUCUGGUCCUGGCUCAAUCAGAGUCAAAAUGCAUUGGUCAACUUUUACAAUCGCAAUACCGGUACAACCUCCAAUUCAAAUUCAAAAACAAAUUCAACAACACAAGUCAAUAACGCCAUGCUACAGAGUUAUGCCGUCGCCGUGGGGUCCGCGCUGCUUGUGGCAUUUGCACUCUCGCAAUAUGUACAAACACACUUUGAGGGCGAUCAGGCGCAACAACUUUUGCGCAUGGUAUCCUUUCCCAGUGCCGUUGUCGCCAGCAGUCUCAAUUGUUUCUUUGUGCGCAGUCCAGAACUCAAGACGGGGGUGUCCUUGAUGGUGCCAGUAGUGCACACAAAUGAUACUACCAGUACUAAUAGUGAUCAAAAUGACUGCAAGUUGCAGACGGUCCUGCCAGGAGAAACUUCCCUGGUCGCUGCAUCCAAGGGCGUUUACACGACAACCGCCUCUAGAGCCAUUCUACAAAUGCCAACCUUUUUCAUUCCACCCAUGCUCAUGAGUACUCCCAUGAUUCAACAAUACUUGCAAAAUGAUCCAGCACUACAACUACAACAUGACAUUGUAAACAUGGAACUACCCAUCACCACAUUUCUAUUGCUCGUCAGUUUUGGCAUGGGAUUGCCGGCAUGUGUGGGAUUCUUUCCCCAAAUGAUGACCAUACAGGCCAGCGAGGUCGAGCAGCAGUAUCAAGACUUGGUAGAUCCAACCACGGGAGCGCCCUACACCGAGUUUACUUUUAACAAGGGAUUGUAA